AUGAAAUUCCUAGAGUUGAGACAUGGCAAGCGGACGAAAAAAGUGGGGAUUUGUGGCAAGUACGGCACGCGUUACGGUUCUUCGCUCCGUAAAGUCGUCAAGAAAAUUGAAGUGUCGCAGCACGCCAAGUACAACUGUGUGUUUUGUGGCAAGGACUCGAUCAAGCGAACGGUAACGGGCAUUUGGAACUGCCGUUCAUGCCACAAGACUAUUGCUGGCGGUGCCUACCUUUUAAACACGGCUUCGGCUGCUACGGUGCGCUCUACUCUGUCACGUCUUCGUAAGAUCCGUGACGACGCCUCGGCUUAG